AUGUUGAAGAAGCGCGAGAUUUUCGGAGUGGCUUAUGUAAGGGCUAGGCUGCUUUGGGACUGUUGUGGCUGGUGGCUGGUAGGGCUGAGUGUGGCUGAAAGAGAGAGAAGAGAAGAAGCAGAAGGAGGAAGGGAAGAGAGAAAUAAGAAGAAGGAAAAGGAGAAUAAGCAAGACGAAAACAGAGAGCAAUAG